GUUUGAUCCAAGCAGAGAAGUGGACGUCUCUGAGUUAGAUUAGGUAAAAUCAGAAAACAGCAUGUCUGAGGAUAUCUACGCCAAGCCGGACCUCAGCAAGAAAGUUAGAUUUCAGACGGAGAAUGGAAACGCAGAUAAGGCUGAUGUGGUGAUUUAUGACAACUAUGUGGCAGAAGAAAGUACAACGGCAAAAUCAGAGGAAAACACUACAGAGGAUCCACAACAAGCCGUUCCAGUCACUGAAAGUUCAGAAAGGAGAACAUUUUUUGGAGUUGCUGUAGUGUUUCUGGGGCUGCUGUGUCUUAUCCUCCUGACUGCAGUCAUCGUCCUGUUGGUCCUAUUGCUUCAAGAUAAAAACAGCUGGAACACGGAGAGAAAGCAACUGAUAGAUGAAAGACAGGAACUCCUGACAAGUAUCGCUGCCAUAAAAGUCAGCCUGAGCCAUACAAUAAGCCAGAGAGAGAAGAAAGAAGAACUACAGCAGCAGAUUGAUGAUCAUCUUCAACAAGGAUGGGUGCAAUUCAACCACAGCUUCUAUUAUAUUUCUUCUGUGGGGAAAACCUGGGAUGAGAGUAGAGAGGACUGUAAGAAAAGAGGUGCAGACCUGGUGAUUAUCAACACUGUCGAAGAACAGAAUUUUAUAGCAAGAUUUACCGGUUCACAAUGGCUUGGACUGACAUACGAUGAGGACACAAAGAAGUGGAAUUGGGUAGAUGGGACUCCGCUAGACAAAAGCUACUGGAACGGAAUACAGCCUGACGGUGUGGAUAGAGGCGAACACUGUGUACACAUCCAGUUCUACAGUUCUGGAAAAAAAGAAUGGAAUGACAUCACAUGCACAGCGCAAUAUGCCUGGAUCUGUGAAAAGAAACUGGCUCUAUAAGUCAACAUAUAAAAGCUUGCAAAGCUGAAAUGUGCUUCAAGUGCGAUAUGAGUACACAUUUUCAUGUACAGUAGUCUCUGGAUGGCUGUUUUACAAUCCUGUACUGUGUAUGUGAGCAUAUUGGAUUUUGGAUAGGGAGGCGUGAUGUAACGACUUAUUUACAGAACAUGCCUGAAGGCUAAUGACACUGAGAAAUUACACUGGUUUAUUCGUAUGUACAACGUCACAGAAAAAUGAAAGCCUGCACUGCAUAAACUCGUCUGUUGCCACAUCUUUAUGGGGGAUACAUACUGAGAAGUGAGAGUUUGAAGUGACAUUUCUUAUCAGAAACCUAAUGUACGUUUAUCCCCCUAGAACAGGAAGAGAUGCGUCAGACUAAUGAGUAAUUAAUUCAUGUUAUUUCACAUCUGAUGAUGAAACUAUGUUGAUGUGAUGUGAGUAAGAUGGUUGCUUGACAUGAUGUCAAAAGAAAAGUGGAGAAAAGUUUGUCAGAAUGAUUCAGACAUUGAUAUGACUUGUACGUCCUGCUUGGAUGAUGCUUUUUUUAAAUUUAUUUUUUUAUUUUUCAAAAAAUCCUUUUUAGAUGUACGUGUAGUGGUAUGUAACAAGUUGCAGUCUCAUUUCCAGAGGUUUUAUGCUAUAUUAGGUUUUGAAUGUCUAUAUAAAAACUAUUUUUGGAGCUAACAGGGCAUUUGGAUACACAAUGAAUUGGUGUUUGAGUUUGUUAACUGUCAAUGAAAGCACUUGAAAGGUGAUUGACAGUUUAGUUUGCGUUGACUUCUGUUGUGCUGAAUGUGUGAAGUGAACUUAAUAUUGAGAAACAUGCGUUUGUCAGUUGUAAAAUAUUGUAACUUACAAUUUGUGUGUAACAGUUCACGUUUGUGGCUGUGAAAAGAUGCAGUAGAUUUAUUGUAUUUAGAUCCCAGUGACCUGAAAACUGUCACUGUGAAGCAGUAACAAUUCUAAUUAUUUUACAGCUCACAAAAUUUUGUAAUUUAUUCGAUGCAAAUAUAUGAAAUUGGAAGUUUAUGCAC